AUGAAGAACCCAAUGCUGGAGGCGGUGUCACUAGUGCUGGAGAAGCUGCUCCUUAUCUCCAACUUCAAGCUCUUCAGUUCAGGCGCCCCGGGCGAAGACAAGGCAAGGAACACUUUCUAUGAGAUCAACUCUUUUCUCCGCGGCGACGUGCUGGAGGUGCCUCGGACCCACCUGACACACUAUGGCAUCUACCUGGGCGACAACCGUGUCGCCCAUAUGAUGCCCGACAUCCUGUUGGCCCUGACUGACGACAAGGAGCUCACGCAGAAGGUGGUCUCCAACAAGCGUCUCAUCCUGGGUGUCAUUGGCAGGGUGGCCAGCAUCCGCGUGGACACAGUGGAGGACUUCGCCUACGGAGCCGACAUCCUGGUCAAUCACCUGGAUAGGUCCCUCAAGAAGAAGGCGCUGCUCAACGAAGAGGUGGCGCGGAGGGCGGAGAAGCUGCUGGGCAUGACUCCCUACAGCCUCCUGUGGAACAACUGCGAGCACUUCGUCACCUACUGCAGGUUCGGCACCGCGAUCAGCCCCCAGGCCGACAAGUUUUGUGAGAAUGUGAAGAUAAUUAUUCGUGAUCAGAGAAGUGUUCUUGCUUCGGCAGUCUUGGGAUUGGCAUCUAUAGUCUGUCUGGGUUUGGCAUCAUAUACUACCCUUCCUGCAAUUUUUAUUCCAUUCUGCUUAUGGAUGGCUGGCUAACUUC